AGCAGAAGACAUGUUAUGAUCAUCAUGAUCAUGAACAUUUGACUUCUUGGCUUCUUCAAGUCAUCGUUUUCAUUUGUAUGUGACCCAAUGUUCACACCCACUACACUGACUUCUCCAAUGGCAAAUCUUCCGCUACUGGACAGGGAGGAUGAGAGGAGGACUCUCCUUGGUCCGGAGGAUAUGCAGAACCUCGAGAUCUACAUUGAGUUCCAGAUCUGCCGGCGGAAGCUGGAGAGCAAGAACGAGGCGCUGAUGAUCCUGAAGAAGGAGAUGGAUGAGUGCCGGAGUGAGCGCGACCAGUUCAAGCUGAUGGCCGAGCAGCUCCGGGAACGCUACCAGGCAUUCAAGAAACAGCUUGUGGGAUCAUCUCCAGCCGGCCUUGCCAACAACCACCACGACGCAGGUUACUACAUGGACAUGCAGAAUCAGAGUCUGGUGAAGUUGUUGUGUGAGACGAAGGAGAACAACAAGUCGCUCCAGUUCGAGGCUGACGAUCUUCGACAGAAACUGGCUGACGCACAGGGUGACAUUAAGUUAUUACGAGAGCAGAUCGCCAGACAGAGAGUGGGCACAACCGAUGAAGGGAUCAACACACGACACUUCCCAGCGUACGAGAGAGAGGAUCUGGUGGCUCAGCUCGAGGCAGCCAGAGAACAGUAUGUGCAGCUUGAGAGGGAUCUGCAGCAGGUGCUUGACGAGAAGGAGGAGCAGGUGACAGAGAGGGACGCCUACAAGACCAAGUACGAGCGCCUCAAUACAGAACUCAACUACAUCCUCAAAGGCGAUGAGAAGAAAAUUGUGGAUAUUGAUGCUUUGGUUAAUGAAAACAAGUAUCUCCUGGAGAGGCUGAAGCAGAUGGAGGAGGAGAAGACGAUGGCCAUGGCGACAGUCUCCAAGUACAAGAGCAUGCUGGAGAGGAAGAAGAACAAGGGCAUCCUGAAGCUUGGUCAGAGUCGGAGUGGUGGACUGGUCAUCUCACAGAAACAAGUUCAGCACAUCCUGCAGAGUCAGGCUGGCAUCCCGGCCACACCGCAGUCGAUGGCAGACCUCCAGGGGCUGUGCAGCGCUCUGCUGGACACCAUCAACGACAAGAGUCUGGCGCUGUCCCAUCAACGCAAGACAAACAAAAUUCUGGGGAACCGUGUGUCUGAACUGGAGAAGAAGCUGAAGACCCUGGAGGUGGCUGGGUUGUGGAACGUCCCAGGAACUAUCCAGAGUCUUGCCAAGCUGAAAGCAGAGUGUGAGGAGAUGAAAAUGCUGGUUCCCCGACAGAUGUCUCAAUCAAGUGAGAACUCUGACCAGAGGGACAUCCUAGACAGCCUGGAUUCGGACAUCUCUUCAGUCUCAUCCACGCCCAACAUUAGCCCUGCUCACAAAGGUCAGACACCAGGGGGGACAACUCUGUUAAUGGAAGACCUAGACUUGCUGCCCACUAAGGAAGAAUGUAUUCGAAUAACGGACAAAGGAGAAGUUCAGUCUCUUCUAGGCGAUGGAGACUGUUCCAGUUUUAACAUUCAGUGCAGUGGAUCUAAUGAAGAUACUACUGAUGAAAAUCCUGAAGAGAGCAUUGAAGAGGAGGUAACUCUUGAUGAUGUCGAAGACAAAGAGACAGCUGAAAAAUUGAAAACAUUAAUGGAAGAUGUGACAGCUAAAAUCAAGGAACAGUCCCAUGGUGACCAAAGCUCAAGGCAGUCAGACCCUGACGAAGAUUACAUAGACAAUUGUGAAGAUCCCUUGUUGAAAUCAGAAACUGUUGAAAAUGGCAUUGAUGACAGUAAGGGAGAUAACUCUGAUCAAUCUGCUUCCCCUACUUGUGACCAACCUUUACUUGAGGAAAAUGGCAGGCAGGACAAUUCAGAAUCAUUGCAUAAUGUACAAGUGUAAAUCCUUUUAAUGAAAGUAUUGUUAUUUCAUGAUUUAAUGAAUGCUAAGAUUGAUGUGCAAUGUUACAUCCUGAUCAGUUCAGAGAUGUGUAUACAUAAAGAUUAUUAGUUGUGUCCAGUACCGUAUUUUGUGUGUGAUAUAAUUAGUGAAAAUAAUCGAUGACUAAGGUUGUGGCAAGUCUCUGUUUCGUGUCAUCAUUUGACCCUGGUAGUUUUGUGUUAAACAAUGAGUGUAUAGAGAAUCUGUUUGUUCAGACACCCUACUUUUCUUUAGCUUACCAUUAAGAAUAUCUGCCUAUGUAUCAUGCACUUACCCUACCCCUCUCCCUAUUUCCAUCGGGGCCUAGAUGUCACUUCCUGGUUUUAUGCUGCUUUUAGCAAUAUGGUGCAAGUAUCAUGAUGAGGGACACCAGAAAUGGGCCUCAUACACUUUCUUAACUUCAUGUAAAAUAUUUUAAUUUCAUUGGUCAAUGACGCUUUAACAAGUUUCCGUGUGACCCUUCCCAGGACUUUUACCAUGGGGGUAAGAUAAAUACGUUGUAUGCUUCUCCCUCGGGGUAAUACAGUCUGAUGUACGCCUUUUUGUAGCAGUGUUACCCCUCACCUAC